AUGUCGGCUCAGGAUUCAGGCCCCAAAAUGUCUGCUGCUACAAAAGAUGUUAUUUCAAAGGUUCAGCGAAUGAUUCCUCCCAUGCUGGAGAAGUUUCACAAGGGCCAGCUUGGAAGAGUCGCCGUCAUCGGUGGAAGCGAGAACUACACAGGCGCGCCAUACUUCUCAGCCAUGGCAAGUGCCAGACUGGGAGCUGAUUUGUCCCAUGUCAUUUGCACGCCUGCCGCUGCGACCGUCAUCAAGUCAUACUCACCAAACCUCAUGGUUCACCCUCUGAUGCGCCAGAGCGAAAACGCCAAGAAGGAAGAUGAGCCUGCCGCUUGGAACGCAUCCAAGGAACACGAGUCCAACGCUGAGCACAUCGCUUCUCAGAUCAAGGACCUACUUCCUCGACUCCAUGUCCUCGUCAUCGGACCUGGUCUGGGCCGUGACCCACUGAUGCAUCAAACCGUCGCAUUGGUCAUCAAGGCUGCUCGCGACCAAGGUCUUCCUAUUGUUCUGGACGCCGAUGCGCUGGCGAUCGUUCAUAAGCAACCCGAACUCGUCAGCGGUUACAACGGUAUUGUGCUAACACCCAACGUCGUCGAGUUCGGCAAGCUGUGUGAGGCUCUCAAGGUCAAGGUCGACGAUAAUGCCCCUGAGACUGCCCGCGUUGAGGCUCUGGCCAAGACUCUCAAGGGUGUUACGGUCGUUCAGAAGGGUGCAAAGGACUACAUCUCCAAUGGCGAGACAACAUUGACGGUCGACCUUGAGGGUGGUAAGAAGCGAAGUGGUGGACAGGGAGAUACUCUGACUGGAUCCAUCGCUACAUUCCUUGGAUGGAGAAAUGCCUACAUGGAGCGUCUUUGGGAUGUUGGCAAGAACCCAAUUGACGAGCAUGAGCUGGUUGGAUUGGCAGCGUUCGGUGGCUCUGCUAUUACAAGAGAGUGCUCUCGACUAGCCUUUGCCAAGAAGGGCCGCAGUCUGCAGGCGAGUGACUUGACUGACGAGGUACACAUUUCAUUCCUCAACAUCUUUGGCGAGGAUAAGGAGGUAGAUGAUUCCAAGUUGUAA